AAAAUAUGGCCAGACUGCUGCUUUAAGAAGGUCCCCAAUCCCAUUCCUCCUCACUGGGCAGGACCUCCCAACCAGGGCCUCUAGCUGCCCACUCUGGUAUUCUCGGGCUGACAGAGAUUUGAAUUCUCCCUGAGAUGGAGUGCCCCGAGGGAGGGAUGGGCCACCAUAUUUGAUGUUUUGGCAACUUAGCCAUUCCAGCCUUUGGGCUUUAAAAUGUCCCAGCUGACUUAGUGUGGAUAUAGCCCCCAAGCUGCCGUACAAAAGCAUAGCCAGACUGCUUCUUUAAGCAGGUCCCUGAUUGAUUCCUCCUCACUGUUUGGGACUUCCCAACUGGGGCCUCCAACCAACCUCGCUGGUGUUCUCCUGCUGACAGAGAUUUCAAUUUUUUCUGGGCUGAAGCUCAGUGAUGGAGGGGCAGGCCACCAUCUUUGCUGUUUUUGCAACUUAGCCACUUCAACCUUCAGUCUUUGGAGUGUCCAAGGAGACCAGGGGUGAUGUGGACCCUCAGCAUAGCACAGCUGCUCUAUAAAAAUGUGGCCAGACUGCUUUUUAAACACUUGCCCAAUGUCAUUCCUCCUCACUGGGCAAAACCUCCCAACUGGGGUCUCCAGCCACCUCCUAAAGGUGUGUUUGGGCCAGCAACAAGUUCAUUCAUACCUUCCUAGGGCAAAGCUUCCAAAGAGAGUGGUAGGCUCCCAUCUUUGCUGUUUCACAGCCUUCACUGAUGAUAACUCCAGGUACUGGAAAAUCUGAGGCUACUAGAGACUGGAGUGGGCCCUGGGCAUACUGCAGCAGCCCUAUGGAAAAGUGGCCAGACUGUUACCUGGGUUCCCAUUCCUAUAUCUUCUCACUAGGCAAGUCUUGCAGGCUGGACCUCUACCUAACCCCCCUACCAGAGCUGUCGAGCCAGUAGCAACUCAGCCACUCCCUGGACAGAGCCUCCAGGGGCAACUGAAAGCCUCUCUGCCACUGCUUCUGCAGUGGAACCGUCCUUGCUACCCUCAGACUGACGAAGGAGCUAACACCCUUAUCUACACCUUCAACAAGCUUUAAUUGACCCAAGCCCAUCUCCUAUGGGUUCUACACACUCCCCACUGCUCAUAACAGACAGGGAACCCCUGGAUUGGCCCCAACAGCACAAAUUCUCCAUUCUGGGCUGAUUGCAAUGAACAGCUGCUUGACCUGUAUCUCUCCAGGGAUGGAACCCUGAGGAGACAAACAAAAGACCCCUGGCUACAACCACUACUAAUGUCCCUUCCUCUUCUGCCUCAAAGUUAGGGAAGAAACAUAAACACUGAGAUUGCUCCUAGGCUGCAGUGGGCAGCCUAGGAGUGCCAAGCCAUGAUCUACAGCCAGCACUCAAGGGGGAGAGAAGUACAUUUUCAGGUCAUUGAGAGGGAACAUGGCUGCAAACUGUGAGGAAACAUAGGGGAGCCACAUGACCAAGCAAGAGUCUACUAACUGACCAGUAAGCUCAAGUGCCACCUACUGGAUCACAUCCCAAAGCUUCAGCACCAAAAAUACCUUACUAAUAUACUCCCCUCUGAAACCAGAAAUGAGAAGUCAGCUUCAAAUAAAGACCCUGCACAAAGCCUCCCUUUCACAAUUGUUACAAAGAGAAUAAAAUACCUAGGAAUAUAGCUAAGGAGGGGUGUGAAGAACCUCUUCAAGGAGAACUACAAGCCACUGCUCAAGGAAAUAAGAGAGGACACAAACAAAGGAGAAGGCCAGGGCAUUGACCAUGAUCACCACGAAAGGCGUGGUGCCUGGUGGCUCUGCUGAGAGCAUGCUGUCUGUGUGCCAGUGGCCUCUGUAGGCAGAGGCAGGAAGGCUUGCCCUGGCACCAAGAUCAUUAAAUGCACCAUCACAGGCAUGACAGGGUGAAUCGUGUCAUCUCAUGGGAAGCAUACCUCAGUUCCCCUCACUCUUCUGAGGACAGAUACUGGAUCCAUCCCUGGACCUGGGUUGCUCAGGAGUGGGGCUGGGAUGGGCUCUGGAACCUAGCCCAGCCCUGCAUUCAGCCCCCAGACUGCUCGGCCAGCCACUACCCCAUGUACCAGAAGCAGCAUGUGUUCAACAGCAACCUCCACUGGGACUCCGGGGCCUUCCGCAGACUCAGCCACCUGGUGCGAGAGACUCACCUCAACUUCUCAAGGGGUGCUGCUGGCUGUUGGCUUGGCAACUGUGCUGUUGAUGGGCCUGGGCCUCCUGCUGAGUCCCUCCCUGCCCCACGCCUGCCCCAUGCAGGCUUGGAAGCCUCGGUGGAGAAGCCUGGGACAGCCUCAAGUGCCUGCUGAGUAUGUGAUCCUCAGGGACAACCUCCCAUUCUAUGAAGACCUUGGCCCUUGGGGAUCUGGGGAAGGAGCUGACUCCGAGACGGCCAUGAGCUGGGGCACAGGGGAGCCACUCCUGUCCCAGACCCUGGAGGACUUCAGCAUCCGCACACUCUACGACAAGCUUGAGGACCAGAACCUGCAUGUUGCAUCCCAGCUGAGCAAGCACAGGAGUGAUGCCCUGGCCUUCUACAGGGCCACUGCCCAGCAGCUCCAGGGACUCCAGAGAAAGAUAAGGCAGGUGGAAGACACUUUGGAGGCACUGAAUGAGGAGUUCUUCCAGCUCACUGUUCAAGCCCUGGAGCUCCAGAAAGAGGAGGAGAGGCCAAACCCACUGCCUCCAGGUGAAGGUGGUGUGCUUGUGGUGGCUACCAGCAUCUUCCCUUGUGAGUGGCAGGAAGACAGACCUAACCCACUGGAGGCAGGUGGCCCAGGUGGAGAGAAGCUGGGAAUCUGGGCCCUGAAGAGUGACAAGGCUCUAGAGCUGGAAGUGAGGAGAGUCCACCUGGCCCAGAGGAUUGAGGACCUGGAGUGGGAGCUGUCCCUGCUCCUCCAAGUGGCUGCUGGCAGCUCAAGUGCAGGAGGGAGUUGGUCCAGCCAACACGCCAGCCUGGGGAGCACUGAGACACACGGGAUGCUGCAGUGGCCACCUGUGGGAGGUGCCCUCUCCACUGAGAACACAGCCAGUUUCCCCUGGUAGGAAUGAAUGGGCACCUGAGCUCAGAAUGUGUGCUGAGUUUAUGAUAUGCUGCUGCAGGGAAUACUCGGAUUUCUUUCAGAGUCUGGACCUCAGCUUGUGCUGCAUUCUGUCUUUGAUCCUUUGGGGUGAGGGAAAACAAAGUCACAUGGGUUGACAAAAUUAAUGUGGACUCCCAUCGCUAAGUCUGACCCUCAAUCCUCUCACUCAGGUGUGGGCCCUUGGUGCCUGCAAAAGCUUCACUUGGGACACCUGGAUUGAGGAGUGAGAAGCACUUGGGGGGAGCCCCAAGAAUGUAGGUACAGCCAUAUCACAUCCACUCCCCUUCUUCCAUCAUGCCUCUUGGCUGAGUCUCCAAGGGGAGUCUCCAAGUCUCCAACAUGGCUUGUGAGGAGCCCAAGUGGUCAGAUCCUCUCCUGGCUCCAGCCGACCUCCUGAACAGAGAGAGGCAGGUGGUGCCUGUGGGCCAGGCCCCUCAAGCCCCACUAAGGGGCCAGCACCAGAAGAGACUCCCUGAGAGCAGCCAGGGCCAGCCCUCCAUCAAACUGGAGCUUUGACCCCCUCCCCACUUCCCCCAAUGACACUCACGCUCCUGUCCCCUGGGCCUUGCUCGAGCAGGUCCCUUCUCAGAAAGUCCUUCCUUCCACUGCCACCCCAGAUGGAACUUGCUUCCCCUCUCAAACACACUGCAGAUGACACUUGCUCCACGAAGUUCUUCCCGGCCUCUUCCCUGGUCUAUCCCUCCUUUGUCUCCAUCGUGUGCCCAAUUCCCACCUGAGUUAUUGUGCCAUAGUUUACCCUCCAUCUAGACAGUGCCUCAGAGCAGGAUGUGUGGCACAUUCCCCUUAGUGUCUCACACAUAGAAAUGGAGUCUCACCUUCACACAGACACAGACACCCAGACAUACACACACUCACACACUCACACUUAUAUAGACAUGGUGAUGUACCAACACACACACACACAUACCCCUGAGAACACUGCUUUGCAGGUACAGGGUAUUAAGUGGCCUAUAAAGAGUUUAUUUAAAUUUUAUUUUCCUUCCCUCACCCAUCCCCAUAAAGACUUUUUGCAUGUAAUUGAUUGUAAUGACACAGCCUCCAACCCAGAGAUCACACAGUCUUCUGGGGAGGCCACACAGGCACAGAGGGAAGUGCAUGGGCAGCAGCAUAGAACUGAGUGCCAAGCCCUGUAGACAAACUGGAACAAAAGGAGGAGCCUGGAGGCAAGUGAGAUGGAGCUCCGGGCCAAAGCCCUUAGGGACAGCUUCACAGUAGGGUUGGCACUGACUGAGUCCCCGGGAUGUGGAAUGUGGGAGCUGGAAAGGGGCACCGAGAAGGGAGCAUUUCAGAUUUGUUAGAUGUCUGGAGCUAAAAUGACAUGCAAGGUACUGGCCAAAAAGGGUUAGGGUGCAGCCCUUCAGGAAAAGGAAACAAUAGAAGGGAAUAGGGUAGAGAGGGUGUUCUGAGCCUCCCCUGAUGCUCCCAUAGUCUGUCUGUGUGACCCUCAGCACUGCAAGAGGCAGCUCUGAGUGGCUCUUCCCUGCUGAAGCAGCCAUUGCUCUAGGGGGUGUGGGAAUUUACGCAAAGGCCCACAUCUAGGCCAAGCAAGUGGCCUUGAGCCAGGAGAUCUGCUAGCUUCCAGCCAGCCUGCGGAUCCCAAGGCUGAAACGAGAAGUGUAUGACCAAGCAAAAGGCCCCAGCUCUUCUAAGAAUCUCCAGGAGGGAGCAACCAGAGGAGAUUCAAAUGGAUAGACCACCUCAUAUUGCCUGGUGCCACGGGCUCUUGGUGCCCCAUGCGCCUCAAAACAGACAACACUCUAUACUGUCUCCUAGAGCAGGCGCUCAACUUUAACCAAAUGCCGAGGGAAGAAAUGGACCCACACCCGGAGCGCAAUACACAGCUACAUCUUCCUAGUGGGCCAGGGAGUAACACUGGAUAGCGUCUCGGUAUGUUGAAACGCUAAUCUCAAGAAACAGUGUAGUGAAGUCUGUCAAUCUGGAGUUUUCACAUACACAGGAACCAGCAAAGACAUAACCAGAAAUAUAGACACAGACAUAAAUAUGGAUUUUUUUGAAAUAUGUAAAUAACUAUGUAAUAUAUAUAAAUAUAUGUAUCAACACAUAAAAAUUAAAAUUAAGUAUUUAUGCAUACAAAAUGGAAGUGCUGCCUGCUACCCCAUGGUGGUCA